GCGCGCGGGCGGACACGUCCCUUUGUGCGCGCCCGGGGCUGCGCGGAGCCCGGCGCCCCAGCGGCAUGAGCAGUCCGGGCGCGGCGGGGGCGGCCGCGGGGUCCGCGCCGGCGGCGCAGGAGGAGGGCAUGACGUGGUGGUACCGCUGGCUGUGCCGCCUGGCGGGCGUGCUGGGGGCCGUGUCAUGCGCCAUCUCUGGUCUCUUCAACUGCAUCACCAUCCACCCUCUGAACAUUGCAGCUGGCGUAUGGAUGAUCACGAAUGCCUUCAUCCUAUUGCUGUGCGAGGCCCCCUUCUGCUGUACGUUUGUGGAGUUUGCGAACACAGUGGCUGAGAGGGUGGACCGGCUGCGCUCCUGGCAGAAGGCUGUCUUCUACUGCGGGAUGGCCGUCAUCCCCAUCGUCAUGAGCCUGACCCUGACCACACUGCUGGGCAACGCCAUCGCCUUUGCCACGGGGGUGCUGUAUGGACUGUCUGCCCUGGGCAAAAAGGGAGAUGCCAUCUCCUAUGCCCGGAUCCAGCAGCAGAGGCAGCAGGCGGAUGAGGAGAAGCUGGCCGAGACUCUGGAGGGAGAGCUGUGAGGUGGGGCAGGGCCUCUCCCCGCCCCCGCCCCCGCCCCCCGGCUGCUACCUGGUUCUGGAGGAGGCUGAAUGUGGGAGUUCCAAGAGAGGAGCCCUCACAAGUCCCUGUGCCCUCCCUGUUCUCUGGACCCACUGAACUUGGAGCCCC